AUGAAGCUUAUCUGGUCGCCUGAAACCGCUUCUGACGCCUAUGUCCACACUGUUCAAUCGUGCAAAAGCUACAAGGAAUCAGGAGUAGCGGAGUUUUUAUCAGCUACGGCGGCAGGAUGGAACGCGAGGCUAAUCGUUGAGACAUGGUCACGCGGCGAUCCAAUCGCGACUAGCGUCGGACUAGCGGUUGCCGCAACUCACACGUGCGGAAGACACGUGUGUUUAGUACCUGAUGAGCAGUCUAAACUGGAGUACGUAUCAGCCAUGAGAAGAGUCUUUACGACGGAGGUUACGGAGGUUGUGGUGAUCGGAGAAUUUGUGGAGGACACGGUGGAGGAGUUUUCCGGCGUAGACUUCAUGGUGGUGGACUCGAAGCGGCGUGAGUUUGUCAGAACGCUGAAGUUUGCGAAAUUGAGCAACAAGGGUGCCGUUUUGGUGGGUAAAAACGCCACGCAGAGAGCGAUCUCUGGGUUUAAAUGGCAAGAUGUGUUGAAAGGUGGGACGCGUGUUGUGAGAUCCGUGUUUUUACCGGUUGGGAGUGGGUUAGAUAUAGUACACGUGGGAGCCUCCGGUAGCCAUCAGCGUAGUGACUCGAGGAAGCCUACUAGCCGUUGGAUUAGACACGUGGAUCAUAUAUCAGGAGAGGAGCAUUUAUUCAGACGCUAA